AUGACUUUCUUCCAACACGCAAUGGAUGAUCCCAAGCUGUCCGGUAUACGGUCGUCUGCGGACAACUUUGUCAUUCCUCGCGACCUGAAGUUUCAAGUGAAGUGGAAGGAUGGCGAUAAAGAAAAUCCCAGAACCUGGCCUAUCUGGUACAGAAGCUAUAUCGUCGCCGUCAUGUCCUUAUCCACAACUAUUGUGUAUGUUUGUCUGGUCCAAUGUAACUGUAAUAGAAGCAGUUAA